AAUUUAUUUUGUUAUUUUUUUGUUUUGCUUCCGUCAUUGCAGUUAGGGUUUUCUCAAUCUCCAAUCUCCGAUUUGUACUACAUCAACAUCAAAAAUGCAUAUCUCAUUGCUGUUAAAGUUAUUGACCAUUGAUGUUUGUACCAAAAACAUAUACUAUUAAUCUGCGAAGCUCGCAACGGAACACAACACAAAACAUCUCUCUCUCUCUCUCUCUCUCUCUCGGUGAGAGACUGAACAGAACAGCUUCAGCUUCAGGUUUAGGUUCAAAAUCGAACAUGCCGUCUCUUCAAACAGCAUUACCUCCUGAACUCGCCAACAAUGCGAUUAGACUUUACCGUGAAUGCCUUCGAAGAGCUAAAUAUAUUGGCACUCGGCAAUAUAACACAGAGCUCGUUGUUGAUAUGGUGAGACAGCAGUUUAAAAAACACAUGCAUGAGACAGAUCCAGAGAAGAUUCAGAAGCUGAAAGAUGAUGCAGCAAGGGGACUCAUAAAUCACAUGCUAUACGAAUCUGAGAAGAUGUCUGGUCGUAAAUUCAGCAACAGCACUUGAUGUUGAUUGAAUGACACUGCUAAGAUUCUGCCGGUUGUAGGAAGUCAAAUUUUUGGCUGCUAUCAAAAUAAUGAAGACGGAGUGAAGAUCCAAAGCCCAGGACAUCUCUUUUGUACUUCCAUUUUAUGGAGUCUAGACUGUUAUUCUGUGUGAAAUCAGUGUGUCAUGAUUUUGUCAGAGUUAUUCACUUGGCACUGAAACAUUCACUAUAAGGAGAAGUCACAACUCAAUUUGAGCAGAGAAGGGUGUCGCAUUACCUUGUAAGAUGAUUUGUUAAGGUUAAUAUACUUGCAUAAAUUUGAGUAUUUAUGAACUUCUCUUCUUGUUAUGCUUUGAUUUGAACAAAUGCUUGUUUGCCAAGGAUUAUUAUUAAUUUUAAGUCAAAAUGAUG